CCCCCUCCCUUCCCCAAUUCGCACUACCUUAUCACCUCUCUCUCUCCGUCGCGGUAGAAGCUACUACGCCCCUCGAGCGUAGAAGAGACGAGCUUCGUCGCCGCCUCUCUCUCCUCUCUAGGGUUUCCACACCCUCUCGGCGCCGAUUCAGUUGAUACUGAAGAUUGAAGCCGUCUGGCCUUCCCAGUCAAAAGCAAUCUGAUGUCAAUCAUACAGUGUGGAAUUACAUCCAUACCUCAAUUGGGAGCACAACCUCGACUGGUAUUGGCAUAUGUAUCACCAAGAACGAAAUCAUGCUGUUGUGUUAAGAACUUAUUGGCAUCCCACAAAGGUACUAGCGUCAGAGAGAAAUGUUUGGCAUCAUCGAAUGCAAGUUUCUUCAAUCAAGUGCCUUCAUCUUCUCUACUUAACCUUGUAGCGUCACCAAACUUUCGCCGGUGUAGAGGUUCACGACUUGUUGUCAGAGCUGAUGCUGAUUAUUAUUCCAUCCUCGGUGUAUCCAAAAAUGCUAGUAAAUCUGAAAUUAAGAGUGCUUAUCGGAAACUUGCUAGGAGUUACCAUCCAGAUGUGAACAAGGAACCUGGAGCAGAACAAAAAUUCAAGGAAAUCAGUAACGCAUAUGAGGUCCUAUCUGAUGAUGAGAAGCGAUCCAUAUACGAUAGGUAUGGAGAAGCUGGUCUAAAAGGCGCGGGCAUGGGCAUGGGAGAUUUUAGCAACCCAUUCGAUCUUUUCGAAUCAUUGUUCGAAGGGAUGGGUGGGAUGGGCGGGAUGGGAGGAAGUCGGGCAGCUCGCAACCGUCCGAUCCAGGGCGACGACGAGAGCUACAAUCUCGUCUUAAAUUUCAAAGAAGCCAUCUUUGGCGUGGAGAAAGAAAUUGAGAUCACUCGUUUGGAGACCUGUGGGACCUGUGACGGGUCGGGCGCUAAACCUGGUACGAGCCCCACCAAGUGCUCCACCUGUGGGGGCCAGGGCCAGGUCAUCUCCUCCGCGCGGACCCCGCUCGGUGUCUUCCAACAAGUCUCCACCUGCUCAACAUGUGACGGCACUGGAGAGUUCUCCACCCCCUGCAGUACAUGCGGAGGUGACGGUCGUGUCAGGAGGAGUAAGAGGAUUAGCCUGAAAGUUCCGGCUGGAGUAGACUCUGGAAGCAGACUAAGGGUUAGGUCAGAAGGGAAUGCAGGAAGAAGAGGGGGCCCGCCAGGCGAUCUUUAUGUCUUCAUCGAGGUUUUAUCAGAUGCUGUGCUAAAGAGGGAUGGGACCAACAUUCUUUACACGUGCAAGGUUUCAUAUAUCGACGCAAUUCUUGGGACAACAAUAAAGGUCCCCACAGUGGACGGGACGGUCGAUUUGAAGAUACCCGCAGGGACACAACCGGGAACGACACUAGUGAUGGCGAAGAAGGGAGUGCCGUUUCUCGGGAAGCCGAACGUGAGGGGUGAUCAGUUGGUGAGAGUCCAGGUGGAGAUUCCGAAGAGAUUGAGCAGUGAGGAGAGGAAGCUGAUCGAAGAGCUCGCCGACCUCAACAAGGCCAAAACACCAAACAACAGGAGAUAGUGGAGGGCCGAUGUCCGAUGUGGUAUUUUAGAUUUUACUAAAUAGAAUGGAUGUUUUAUUUAAUAGUAUAGGUUAUUUAUACGAUAAAUUUUGCUCAAAGAGUUGACGAGAGUAGCCGAGGGAUAGUUGUUUGCUGUAAAACUAACCGCAAUGAUGUCUUUAAAUUCUAUGUCAUUCAUAGAUUGUGCAGAGAUUUCUUGAUAAACAGAAUAGCUUUGUCUGUAAACUUGUCAAUUAUUUGAAAUUUUGAUUCAUGUAAUGCAAGAAUUGUGGUUUUCGGUGUGAUUUAA